AUGAGCUUAGAUGGGAAUGAAUUUUCGUCCAAUCAAAUUUACAUCAGAAUUGUGGGGGUUUGGAAUGGUCUUCAUAUUGCUUGGAAGAGAGGUUGGCGUCGUCUAAUUCUUGAGAGUGAUUCUACUUCGGUGGUCGCUUUGCUCACCAAAUGUGGUGGUGCAACUCGAGAGUCUCGCUUUGUGACUCAAAUACAGGCACUUCCUGAUCGUGACUGGCAAGUUUCGGUUAUACGUGCAUUUAGAAAAGCCAACCAUUGUGCUAAUUUUUUAGCUAAUCUUCCCCUCAAUAAUUUUGAAUUACAAGAAGUUGUUAUCUUUGACGAACCUCCUAGCUCGCUGAAACUUCUUCUCCAAGCAGACGUGAUUGGCAUUCCUUAUCCUCGGAAAGAAAAGGGCUAA